UUUGUUUGUUUGUUUGUUUGCUCGCUCGUUCGUUCGUUCGUUCAUAAAACUGAAACAGAACUUAUACUGCACAACGAUAGCGACACCUGCUCACCUUUGUUUACCAACGGAAAAUCUCUUCCGGGUUAACGACUACCCGCCUGAUGCGCGGGCCUGUAAUUCCACUGGAGAGUUAUUCUUCCGGGUCAACCAAGGACCACUCAGCGGUGCGUGCGUGUGACGUCGACAUUUAAAGCGAUACAACGUAGCGGUUUAUUUGAGCUUGGGCGCGUUUUGAGGCAGUGAGGCGAACGCGAAAAAUCGAAAGUUUAGGAAAUUGUUUCGGAAUGGUUUUCUCUCCCACUGGUCCACAUUCACAAUAAGUCCGAGUGACUUGGAAAAAAGUCAAAGGAUUAAUUAAAAACACACUUUUCGUUUGCCGGCCCUUCUCCAAAAGCGACGUACAGUAGUUAUUUACCAGCUACUAGCUAGGUAACUUUAGGUGCAAAUGAAUACGGUAAGUAAGUACCUCAGCCAGCCUGCAGGUACUACAGCUGCAGGUGGAAUUCGAACCUGCGACUUUCGGCUCCAAGGCUUCGGAAGUAGUUCUAAACACUACACUACGACUACCAGUAGUCCCAGUUCUGAAAUAUUUUCCAUGAAAACACAAAAAGAAACCACAUAACUGUGUAUCGUCAAAGCGGAGAGCACUGCACGAGAGUUCAGAAAGAAGAGAGAGUGCGCGCGCGCCCGUGUGAGAGAGAGAGAGAGAGAGGGAGGGGGAGAGAGAGAGAGAGGAGAUCCUCAGUCGCUCUUUCCCACACUCACACUGCUCGUCCGCCCAGAGUACCACGGUAAGGGGUAAAACGCUGCGAUGCUCUUGCUGCCUCCCGACUCUGGACUCAGUCGGAUGGGAUGAAAAGCGCUGUUAGAGUUUCAAAGCCAUCAGACUCGAACCUGGAGCCGCGGCUGCGCGCGCACGCGUUUCCUUCCUUGGACUGGAGACGUGUUGACACAGUAACUGAUAUGGUAAAGGGCAGCACAGGGGACACAAUGAGUACAGUGUGAGAGGAGAGGAGCAGAGCGAGGAGGAUCAAGCAAGGAGCAGAGCUGGACUGGAGCAGAGCGGGACCGAGCCCAAGUCUGGUGCCUUGGAGGUCAGACAGACAAACAGACGGAGUUUCCUUGGAAAGAUGAGUCUUGUCAGUGUGAACCGAAGACGCGUUCCUCCUGACCGGCACCGCACUCUCACACCCGUUGAGCUCGGUCAUCGUGGGUAUUCAGCUUCCCUUCUUCGCAGGUGCUCACUUUGUUUGUGUCCACUGUCCGGACAACUGACCUCGGCCCUUUGGACAAAAGCAGUGUGAAUUGCGCACUUUCUCCUCUCCCUUGCGUUCUAGUUAAUGGUUUUACUAUGUUUGGCCUCUUGGAAUUAAUUUGAGGCGAUUGCUUUUCUUCUUUCUUUUGCAUUUUUCUGCUAAAAGACUCUUGUGGUCCCUUUGAAGUGCAAAGAAUAAAAUAUAAUGUGGAAAGAAGGAGGGCGGAGGACAGAAGUGAUGUUCAGGAAUGGAAAACUGGAACAAACUUGGGCUUGUGGGUCCGUGAAAAGCGGAACCUAUUUCUGUAUUUCUGUUGCGCACUGCAAAGAGGGGCAAAGGCAGGGGCCUAAAACUGACUCCCUUACGUGAAGGAGCACCGUUACCCUGCGGGGUCUACACGUCUGUGAAGAGAUUGCUAUUAUCACAAUAAAACACAAUACACAAUUUUAUGUUUGAUCCAUUAAUGGACUCCAUUCAGUAAUUCUGAAAGUUUUAUCGGUGACUUCCUUGGACAACGCUUAAGGAUAUCAGUCCCCAACCAUUACGCCCCCUGCUGCCUGAAGGAAAGGAGGGACAUCCACAGGGUGCAGAUGCUGAUUUAGCUUCCUGUCCCACUACUUGUGCUUCUGCCCCGCCCCCCUGCAGGCUGCCCGUCAGGAAAGGAAGCAUGUGCAGUUCUCAGCGUCCCGGGCUCUCGGACCUCCAGCAAUACAGCCAGUGGCUGGCGAGCCGCCAUGAUGCCACCCUGCUGCCCAUGAAGGAGGACCUGGCGCUCUGGCUCACCAGCAUGCUGGGCCAGGAGAUCACAGCCGAGAGCUUCAUGGACAGGCUGGACAACGGCGUCCUGCUCUGUCAGCUCGCCCAGACACUGCAGCAGAAGUUCUGCGAGAGCAGCCUUGGCAAGGCUCUACCCAACCGGAAGAUACCCUGUCGGGCCAGCGCUCCCUCUGGCUCCUUCUUUGCGCGGGACAACACCGCCAACUUCCUGUCAUGGUGUCGCGAGGUGGGGGUGGGCGAGACCUGCCUCUUCGAGUCGGAGGGCCUGGUUCUCCAUAAGCAGCCACGGGAGGUCUGUCUCUGUCUUCUUGAGCUGGGGCGGAUUGCGUCCAGGUACCGAGUGGAGCCCCCGGGGCUCAUCAAGCUGGAGAACGAGAUUGAGCAAGAGGAGGAGGCGCCGGUUCCCCCGCCGUCGCCCGUCUCGGCCUCCCCCAGCAAGACGCCAGCCAGGAAGAGCACGGGAAAGUUGUUGGACGACGCUGUGAAGCACAUCUCCGAGGACCCCCCGUGCAAGUGUCCCAGCAGGUUCUGUGUGGAGAGGCAAUCGCAGGGCCGCUACCGAGUCGGGGAGAAGAUCCUCUUCAUACGGAUGCUGCACAACAAGCACGUGAUGGUACGAGUGGGCGGAGGCUGGGAGACCUUUGAGAGCUACCUGCUGAAACACGACCCGUGCCGCAUGCUACAGAUCUCCCGCGUCGAGGGCAAGGCCUCCCCUCUGUGCAGCAAGUCGCCCAGCAUCAAGGACCUGACCCCCGACAGCUACCUGGUGGUGGCCGCCCAACAAAGGAGCAAGAAGUAGGCGGAGCCCCACAGUCGCAGGAAAAAUCGCAGGACUCGGACUCGUAAAAUCGCAGAUGGCCAAGCGGCCGACGGCGUGUUGGCGGCAGGUACCUUCGUCCUUUGGGUGCGACGCAUCUGUUUGGAGCCCAUCGUGCCCGUGUUAUAGUCCUCUUCCACACCGAAGGAGGAGUUCAGUCAUCGUGGCCUCUUGGGGCUCAUGGAGGUUUGACCGCAGCAGAGUCGCCGUCAGUAACUAGUAACCAGCGCGUAGAACCGUCUCUCGCCAGCCGUGUCCCGUCUGUCUCAGCAUGGGAGCCCGUGGGUCGAGAUCCCCUUGGUACGACCGCAAGAUGCGGGCCCGGUCCUGUUCCCUGUGCACGUGCAGAGCUGCUGGUUUUCACGGAAAGCCUUCUUUAGCUUGGCUUCAUUAAGGCUGAAAUGAAACGCUGGCAGGUCUGUUGUCCAAUUUACUGUUUCUGCCGAUGGAGGAAAAAUUUGCCUUUUUAAACGUGUCCGUCUGCCUUUGAAAACUAUUAACUGACCCAUAACGAGUCAUUUGAUUAACUGAUUAGUUCCUAGUGGCUAAAGAUCGAAGUACCUGAACUGAACAUCGAACACGGAUUUGUGUUGUUCGGUUUUCGGAGCGCCGAGGAAUCAUAUUUUAUUGUAAAAGGAAAAGUACAUUAAAUUUGUCUUACAGGGUCUGUAUUUUCUAAACACUGAAGUUUAACACCUGUGCUCAUAUUUCAUAACAGCUCUGUUAAACCAAGUGAAUUAGAAAGAUGGUUUGAAUUUUAAAAAAAAAAAAAAUUAGGGGUCUCUAGGACUGGAAAAUUCUAGUAUAAAUGUGUAUGUACCUCCUUGGGGAAGGAUGUAAGUUCCAGUCCCAGUUAAGCCAAAGAUACUGCAAACCUCUGCCUGUAAAACUGGAAACGAGGGGUGAGAUUCGGGUCCAGACCCACAGCGCUGGAUCCACCGAUAUGUGCAGUUGUCCGCUGCCCCCCCCCCCCCGAAGUCCGGUCCAAGGUCCACUCUCCAGUUUCACCCGCUGCUUCCGUUGCCCGAGUUCGGUUGCAGGACGGACUCGGCGACGUGCUGCACGAGACCUUCUCUUUGACGAUCGGCCGCUGUGCCUUCUGCGACUCCGCUGUGUACCGAGCCCUGGUGUGGACCGUCAGUCGUGUGCGUUUAUUGAAAUAUCCUUUGUGAAAACUGCAAAAAAGGCUUCUGGGAAAUGACGACUUUAGACUCUUACGUGUCUGUCUGGGCUCCAAUGUGUUACUUCUUCUGCUUUUCUUUUAUAAAGUGAGUUGAAAUAUGCAACUGUUCCUUUUGUGAAAAUCAAAGACAAUCAGAUUAAUAUGAAAGUGUCAUGAUGUGCAAACCUUCGCCAGACGAAAUGUGUCCUUUUAUCAGCGAAUGUCUGUCCUCUGCCCUCUCUGUAUUGCUGGACUAGAGUAAAAAGCUUUUUCUCA